AACUUUUGCCAAAGCGAUUCUCAAGGCAAAAAAGUUUUAGCCAGCAACCUGCAACCGGAGUGAUGUGCCGGUGCUCUGUGUUGCAGCGCCGGGGAAAAGAAGCAAUUAGGGGGUCGGAGAAGACGAAGACGAGAGUUUAACGUCAGCGCUUAACAAACGCGCUAAUGGAAAAAUUCCAGUGGACCAAGUGACGUGGUGUGAUUGCAGGACUCAAUAUUUUCUCCAGCCUCUCUCAAGGCUCACUCCCCACAAUUCGAUCAAUUAAUCUAUCCAAGCUGUAUUCCUAGGGUUUUUAUCUGAGGAAGAGGAGGGGCAACGAUGGAGUUGGAGGUGAGAGUAGUGGGAGAGAUAGAGAGCUGCUUCGUGUCGCUUCCGCUACAUCUCAUCCAAACUCUUCAACAAACUUGCUCCUCUGCCUCUCCUUCUGGUUCCCUCCCGGCAUUUCUCGCUCUCGAGCUUCGCCCUCGCUUCAAGAAGCAGCGGCAGGACGAGGAGGAGGAGGGGGACGGUCCCCAUCCAUGGCACGUUGCCUGGUGUGGCUCCGCCUCUUCUUCCCCGGCUAUUGAGAUUGCUCAACAAUAUGCAGAGUGCAUUUGUCUGCCAGAUCAUACUUCUGUUCAAGUACGAGCUCUAGCCAAUAUGCCAAAAGCCACUUUAGUGACAAUAGAGCCCCAUACAGAAGAUGAUUGGGAAAUUUUGGAACUUAAUUCUGAGUACGCAGAAGCAGCUAUUCUGAAGCAGGUUGGGAUUGUUCACGAAGCUAUGAGAUUUCCCUUGUGGUUGCAUGGUCAAACUAUCAUUACUUUUCUUGUUCUUUCAACCUUUCCGAAGAAUCCAAUGGUGCAACUUGUGCCAGGAACUGAAGUUGCUGUUGCACCAAAGAGACGCAAAAAGAGCGGUGGUUCUUAUGAAGAUUACUCAAUGCAAUCUUCAAAUAAGGAGCAUUCUAUUGGAAAGGCACUAUUGCGCGUGCAGGAUCCAGAUGAUAAAUUGAUUCAAAAAUUUGUGGUAAAUGGUGUCGAGAUUGGUGUGGUGCUUACUUCUGUUAUCUUUAUUCAUCCAGAAACAGCAAGAAACCAUUCACUUGGUUCUCAACCAGUAGUUGUAGUGCCUAGAUUACCAUCAAAAGAAAGCUUAAAAUAUCCUGGAACUGGUACACCAAGUAUAAAACAUACAAUUAUGAAGAAGGGUAAUAGUGGAAAGCAGGACUAUCGCCAAGCAGUUCUUCAUGUUUUGAUUUCAAAUUCAGUGGCCAAAGGACAUGUAAUGCUUUCUAGAUCUCUUCGACUAUAUCUGAGAGCCCGGUUACACUCAUGGAUACUUGUAAAGAGAUGCAAUAUUAACCCAAAGAAGGAAAUUCCCUCACUUUCAUUUUCUCCUUGCCACUUGAAUAUAUCUGAGAACAAUAAUGCUCUUGAGAACAAUGGGGUCGAAGUUUUUGGAAGCCAAAGGAAUCACAAGGCUGAUAAUAUACAUCUCAAGACAAACUCAGAGUCUAACAUGGGUGCAUAUGAUUGGUCUACCCAUGAAAGAGUUAUAGCAGCUCUUUCCAAUGGGUUAAGGGGUAAUGAUGACCCGGUUGCUGUUAAUAAGACCAACAAAAAAGUAUUGUACGGUCUUUUUCAAGCAUGGUAUUCUGCUCAACUCCGUGCCAUUGCUAUGAAUGCUGGAGAGGAAGUUAAAUCGUUGAUUCUAGGAAAUCAAAGUUUGCUUCACUUUGUUGUGAAGGAUUACACAGCUGCAAAACAUGGAAAGGUGCCUUUAUCAUCUAGAUUUACUCUUGGAAUGGGAAACAGAGUUGGAGAACCAGAGAUUGACAUCCUUUAUGUUCUAUCUAGCUCUGAGGAAAUUCAGCAAAAUGAAAUGGUUUAUGCAUAUGAACUUGCAUUUAAUGAAGGAAAUAUGGGAGACAACAACCUGAGAAGCUCAGACUUGUUGCUUGGGAAGCUGAACUUGGGUGACCCUCUGUUUCUUGAGUAUGUCAAUGAUGGAACGUCAGAAAAGUUCUUCAGUUCAAAAAUUUCAUCCUUGGGAUGGAUGGGCACUGCUCCUUCUGAUUUCAUUGAUAGGUUGAUUUUGCUAUUAUCCCCUGCGUCUGGGUUGUUCUUGAGUGGCUAUAAUCUUCCUUUCCCUGGACAUGUUCUAAUACAUGGACCUCCAGGUUCUGGGAAAACAUUAUUAGCCACAGCAGCUGCAAAAUCAGUUGAAGAACAUGAAGACAUCUUGGCUCACAUAGUUUUUGUAUGCUGCUCUAAACUUGUGUUGGAGAAGCCUGCAAAUAUUCGUCAAGCGCUUUCUGGCUAUGUUUCUGAAGCUUUAGAUCAUGCACCUUCUAUUCUCAUUUUGGACGAUCUUGAUGAUAUUAUAUCAUCGUCCGUUGACUUGGAAGGAUCCCAGCCUUCAUCUUCCAGUAUUGAGAUUGGGCAGUUUCUCACAGAUAUCAUGGAUGAAUAUGAGGAAAAGCGGAGGUACUCAUGUGGAAUUGGUCCCAUUGCAUUUGUAGCUUCUGCCAAGUCUCUGUCUAGUAUACCACAGUCCUUGACUUCUUCUGGAAGGUUUGAUUUUCACGUGCAACUGCCUGCUCCUUCUGCCUCCGAACGUGGUGCUUUACUGAAACAUGAAAUCUGGAAGCGUUCCUUACAGUGUUCUGAUGAAGUCCUGUUAGAUAUAGCUUCCAAAUGUGAUGGAUAUGACGCAUAUGAUCUGGAAAUACUUGUUGAUAGAGCUAUCCAUGCUGGGAUUUGCCGCUUCUUGUCUUGUGACGUGACCUUUCAGGAACAUGGGAAACCUUCUUUGCUCAGAGAUGACUUUUUGCAAGCAAUGCAAGGUUUUGUUCCAGUCUCCAUGCGUGACAUUAGUAAACCUGCUACUGAAGGUGGUCGUGCUGGAUGGGAAGAUGUUGGUGGUCUUACUAACAUCAGGAAUGCCAUCAAAGAGAUGAUUGAGUUGCCUUCAAAGUUCCCGAAUAUCUUUUCACAAGCUCCCCUAAGGCUGCGGUCCAAUGUUCUGUUGUAUGGCCCUCCUGGUUGUGGCAAGACACAUAUUGUUGGUGCUGCUGCUGCUGCUUGUUCACUGCGAUUUAUCUCUGUGAAAGGGCCUGAGCUGCUGAACAAAUACAUUGGUGCUUCUGAGCAAGCUGUUCGUGGUAUUUUCUCCAAAGCAGCUGCUGCCGCUCCAUGCCUUCUCUUUUUUGAUGAAUUUGAUUCCAUUGCACCAAAGAGAGGGCAUGACAAUACUGGUGUGACAGAUCGUGUCGUUAAUCAAUUUCUGACUGAAUUAGAUGGUGUGGAAGUUUUGGCCGGUGUAUUUGUUUUUGCUGCCACCAGUAGACCAGAUUUACUUGAUGCUGCACUAUUGCGACCUGGAAGGCUAGAUCGACUUCUUUUUUGUGAUUUCCCAUCAAAAAGUGAUAGGAUGGAUAUUCUUACAGUUCUUUCUAGAAAGUUAUCAUUGGCCGGUGAUGUUGAUUUAGAUGCCAUUUCUGGUAUAACCGAAGGAUUUAGUGGAGCUGACCUGCAAGCUCUGCUCUCAGAUGCACAGCUUGCAGCAGUUCACAAGCUUCUAGACAGUGUAGAGAGCGUCAAUCAUGGAAAAAUGCCAGUCAUCACACACAGUCUUCUGAGUUCUGUUGCUGCCAAGGCAAGACCAUCUGUAUCAGAAACUGAAAGACAACGACUAUAUAGCAUUUACAACCAAUUUUUGGAUUCCAAAAGAUCAGUCGCGUCACAGUCAAGAGAUGCAAAGGGCAAAAGAGCGACUCUAGCAUGAGAACCAAGCAAGAAUCUACAUCAAAGUUCGUGAAAAUCAAAUGGGUGACGCCGAGAUUAUAAUGACCAGGCACGUACCAUUUCCAGAGUAGACAAGUGAAGCUGGUCACUCAAACAAAGAAGCGCUUGAUUUAAACAGAAUCCAUAGUGAAGGUUGUGAAGAGCAAUUGGGUGAUGCUUAACAUUAUAUGACCCGUCAAGUGUUGUGCGUAAUGGACAAGGGAGAUACAAUAAUUGCAUACGAGUGCAGGCAACCCCCGUUCAUACAUUCAACCAGAUGGACAGAUGGAUGGAUAGCUAGAUGUGUGUAGAGCAGGAGAGAGUGAUUUUUUGCAAGAACCCUUUAUUGGAUUCUGUAGUUCUCUUAACUGUUUGGGCUUUGGCAUUUCAAAGUUCGAAUCGAACUGGCAGUUGCAAGAUUUCAUAAUCUUCUAAUUGCUUGCGCGCCCUUUACUACAACAUUUGCCAGUUGUCAAGUGGGCAGAUUUAUUUGAGAUUACUAGAGAUUAUAGCAUCAGAAAUGUACAAAUUUGUUUCUGGUGGAAUACUAUACUUUUAUCAUGACAAAUGAUGGAAAUUUUCAAUGGUUUAGGAAGAAAUUUUGUCAA